AUGCACAUCCUCAUCCUCGGCGCAACCGGCCGCGUCGGCUCCAGAAUCCUCGCCGCCGCCCUCUCCCAAAGCCACACCGUCACAGCACUCGUCCGCAACCCGUCGUCUCUCCCAGGCCAAACCGGUCUCACAAUAAUCGAAGGCACGCCUCUCAAAGAAAGCGACAUCCUCAGAGCCAUCACCUCUUCCCCAGCCCCAAUCGACGUCGUAAUAACUGCACUCAACAACCCCCGAAAGACAGGCUCUCCCUUCGCGGCAUCCGUCGGACCGGCUGAUUUCAUGGAGAAUUGCGUGAGGAAUUUGGUGAGUGUGAUGAAAUCCCAGGGGAUAGGAAGGGUGGUGGUGUUAUCUGCGUUUGGGGUCGGGAGUUCGAGUGAGAAUGUGAUUGCGCCGAUGAGAAUGAUAUUAAAGCAUUCGAACGUGAGUGUUGGACAUAGGGAUCAUGCGAGGGUUGAGCAGCUGUUGCGGGAAGCGAAAGGACUGGAGUGGACGGUCGUGAAGCCUGCUAUGUUGACGGAGGGAGAGGGGAAGGGCGUUAGAGAGUUUGGGGAGGUGGGGGCGGGGAUUGGGUGGAUGCCAAAGGUGAGUAUGGAAGGGGUUGCGAGUUUUAUGGUUGAGUGUGCGGAGAGGGAAGGGAGGGGUGCGAGGGUUGUGGUUGUUGCUGAGUAG